AUGACAGAACAGACUCUAAGUUCGAAGUACCGGAUAUACAGGACACGGUGCCGCGUUGUAUCUACAUCUACCACUACUACAUCGACGACAACGCGCUCUAGCUUGGUCGAGGCAGCGUGUUUAAUGGCACCCUUGGGUGCACAAGCAACCAACACCACGAGAUCUCGGACUCGCGGCAAACCCCUUAGUACAAAAAAUCCCCCACGUCAACAAACCAAUCAGAGUCCUGGUGAUGAAAAUCGUCCAGCAGGCGAAUCGAAAGGCAAGCUUCGUGUGCCAACCAAGAGACCUGUAACUGGUACUACGGAGGAUGCAGUGAGGACCAAAAAGCCGAAGAAGACAACGACAAGCGCACCAGUUCCAUUGGAAGACAUGACUCAGUCUGCUUCAUCAAACGCAACCUUUCAAUUUCUAGAUCCCUACGCUCAAGUGCCAGAGCAGUAG